AUGAGGUUCACAGAGGGAAUGUGGAGGCUGAGGGAGGGCAUUCGAAUCGACUGGAUGAGCAAUGUGGAGAGACUGAGCGUCGACGAUGACAGUGUCAAUCUACUGCUAAAUAAGUUGCAGAGACACAGAGGAGAUACGUUGAAUUCAGCGACUAUCUCUGCUCAUGUCACGUCUCCGUUGGAAGGAAUUAUCGGUGUCAAAUUGGUUCACUGGGCGGGCCAAGUUGGCAAGGGUCCCCAUUAUAAACUGAACUCUUCCACCAGUCACACUAAGAUUCAACACUCUGAGAAAACAUUGAAAUGUGGCAGUGGAUAUCUGAACUUGGCUAUUCAGACCGCUCCGAAUGAGAUGGAUUUUGUCUUUUCUGGCACUGAAGGAAAGCUCACCGGUCACUCGUGGCGAUCAAUCGGGUAUGUCGGAGACCAGACGACAGACAAAUCCCGCUGGGAAGAUGGGCUCUUCUUUGAGCGACAGGGAUACAUGUUAGCAGCCCUGGAUAUUGGGGUGGGGGAGAAACUAUACGGCUUGGGGGAAAGGUUUGGUCCCUUUGUGAAGAACGGACAGACGGUUGACAUCUGGAACGAGGACGGUGGUACGUCAUCCGAAUUGGCAUAUAAGAACAUUCCGUUCUAUAUCAGCUCGAAAGGAUAUGGCGUCUUUGUCAAUAAUCCGGGGAAGGUCAGCCUUGAGUUGCAGUCGGAGCGAACUACCAGAGUCAAUAUCUCGGUUCCCGGCGAGGAGUUGGAGUACUUUAUAGUAUAUGGACAAACACCCAAAGAGGUUCUGACCAGAUAUACGGCCUUGACUGGACGGCCUAGUUUGGUUCCAUCCUGGAGUUAUAACCUUUGGCUCACUACCAGCUUCACCACGAAUUACGAUGAGCAAACCGUCACUGGUUUCUUGGAUGGUUUUCGAGACCGAGAUAUUCCCCUGGGCGUUUUCCACUUUGACUGCUUCUGGAUGAAGUCUUAUCAGUGGUGUGAUUUUGAUUUUGACGCCGAGAUGUUUCCAGAUGCCGGGGGAUACCUCAGACGACUCAAGGAACGGGAUCUUCAAAUCAGUGUAUGGAUAAACCCAUAUGUUGCACAAGCGUCUCCUUUAUUCAAAGAGGGCAAGGAAAACGGAUACUUCAUCAAGCGUACAGAUGGUUCAGUCUGGCAAUGGGACCACUGGCAGGCAGGCAUGGCCAUUGUGGACUUUACCAACCCCGAGGCCUGUGCAUGGUACUGCAAACAGCUCCAGCGUCUGAUGGACAUGGGUGUUGACUCUUUCAAAACCGACUUUGCGGAACGAAUCCCAUUCAAAAACAUUAAAUACCACGAUGGGUCCGAUCCGGUACGCAUGCACAACUACUAUGCACUACUGUACAAUAAAAUCGUCUAUGAGGCUAUGACUUCAAGACUAGGACAGUCCCAGAGUCUCCUGUUUGCUCGUAGCACUGCUCCAGGAGGCCAAAAAUAUCCUGUCCACUGGGGAGGCGACUGUGAAAGCACGUUUGAAGCAAUGGCUGAGUCUCUCCGGGGAGGUCUAAGCUUGAUGCUCUCAGGUUACAUCUUCUGGGCGUCUGACAUUGGCGGUUUCGAAGGCACACCGCCACCAGCACUAUAUAAGCGCUGGGUCCAGUUUGGUCUGCUUUCCUCGCAUUCCCGUCUACACGGUUCAUCGUCCUUCCGUGUUCCCUGGAUCUACGGCGAGGACUGCUCCGACGUCCUUCGGGACUGCGUCAAACGCAAGAUUCUCCUUACCCCAUAUCUUCUACAGGAGGCCUUGGUCGGCUACCGACAAGGUACACCACUCAUGAGGCCCAUGUUCCUCGAAUUCCCUGGAGAUCUUAAUACAUAUACACUCGACACACAGUACAUGUUCGGUAGCAACUUGCUCGUUGCCCCAGUUUUCUCGGAGGAAGGAACGGUAACGUUCUAUGUACCACAUACUCCUGAGGAUAAUCAAGGGAAAUGGAUCUCGUGGUUCGAUCACGGCAAGUCUUACGAGUCUGGUCGGUGGUAUACUGAGAAACACGACUUUGACACCUUGCCAAUUCUUGUACGUCCUGGCUCGAUAACACCUAUUAACCCCAGGUUGAAGGUGCCGCAGGGGGAUGCCUUGGAUGGACUCGAGUUAUUGGUCAAUGGCAUAUUGACCGCAGAAACAGUGGUUGAUGUUGUCGACCCCAGCAAGACUCAUGAUACGCUCAAAGUGAUCAAGAUUGGACCCUUGGGGGAUGACAUAGUAGCUGAUUAUCAGAAUGUCAAAGUAGUCUGGGUUGGUCGUUAG